ACGCGAACAAAUUGGGGAGAAAAAGGAAAUGUGGGCGUCAGAGUUGGUGCUCGGCCUCUAUGGGCAAAGAGGGGUUCGAAUUGGAGAAUAUUCUCUGAAACUGGGCAUUGGCAGAAGCAGAGAAACAGAAGUGGAAUCCUAAGCAAAGGAAUUAUGGCGGAGUUGGACUUGUAGGAAACCUUUCAAAAGCUGAACCCAAUUCAUUCAAUUCACAGGGACGAUCAUUCCUGAAAAUGUGAAGCAAGUAAAUCCAAGUAGCCUGAUGGGAGAUUUCUGUACAAGGAAGAGCAAUUUCUGCACAAAUCAGAGAAAUGACCAGGAAAGUACUCAGUUCUAAUAACGCAAAGUUCUUUGAAGAGUUUUUUCCAAGGCUUAAUCUGUUAGUUGUAGUUCAUAAAUUAAUGGUGAUGCAAACAAGAAAUGACGUAUACAAAUCUUCUGAUGCUCUUAGUAACCAACGACCAGCUAUAAUCCACAUCAUUUGCACAAGCUAAUUAAUCAUAACCUACAAUAUAUACGAAAGAAGAUCAGAAAGAUGGUAAGAAAACUGAGCUUCUACAAUGGGGAAGAAGAAGCUGAGCGUGCAAAAUCAAGGCUCCCAUGUUAGUUUGGAGCGCUAUGACUCUUAUUUCCUUGUGAUCGAGUUUUCUGUAAUCCAUGUGUGUUGUGAUGAUUUGCAGGUUGUAUUGGACAAUGGAUUGUUGAAGGUGACAAUAUCAAACCCCCAAGGGUAUGUAAGUGGCAUCAUGUAUGGAGGCCUGGACAAUCUGUUAGAUGUGAAAUCAAGUGAAUCUAAAAGAGGAUAUUGGGAUAUCAACUGGAGUUGGCCUGGAGGCAAGGACAGAUACCAAUUGCUUAAGGGAUCUGAAUUCAAUGUCAUCAACACAAGUGAUGACACGAUCGAAAUAUCAUUCAGGAAAGUUCUUGACCCAUCAACUCGAGGCAACAAACUUCCACUUGGUGUGGACAUAAGGUACAUAAUGAGGACUGGUAUUCCAGGCUUCUAUUGCUAUGCAAUCUACGAGCACCCGUCAGAAUGUCGGGCUUUCGAUCUUGCUCAGACAAGAAUGGUGUUCAAACUGCGACAAGAGAAGUUCCACUACAUGGCAAUUUCAGAUGAGAAGCAAAGAAUAAUGCCAAUGCCAGAGGAUUUGCAUCCAGGCAGAGGUGAACAACUAAUUGUACCAGAGUCAGUUCUGCUUGUAAAUCCCAUUAAUCCUGAUCUGAAAGGAGAGGUAGAUGAUAAGUACCAAUACUCCAUGGAUAACAAAGAUGGAGGAGUUCAUGGAUGGAUAAGUUCCAGCCCAAACAACAUAGGUUUUUGGAUAGUUUUUCCAAGCCAUGAGUUCCGAAAUGGAGGUCCUACAAAGCAAAAUCUGACAGUCCAUACUGGUCCUACAUGUCUUGCUAUGUUUCAUGGAACCCAUUACAUUGGAGAAGAUAUACUCACACAUAUUAAGGAGGGACAGACAUGGAGAAAGGUCUUUGGUCCUAUUCUUGUAUACCUUAACUCCACCUCAGACGUAUCAGAGGCACACAAUUUAUGGAUAGAUGCAAAAGAACAGAGAAUGCUAGAGGAAACAGCAUGGCCGUACAAUUUUGUCUCUUCAUCUUUUUAUUUAAUGGCAAAUGAACGUGGUUCAAUUUCAGGAAGACUACUAGUCCAAGACAGAUUUAUUUCAAGUUCCCCCAUCCCUGCGAGAGAUGCGCAUAUUGGUUUAUCCGCUGCUAGAAAAGAAGGUGCCUGGCAAACAGAAAGCAAGGAAUAUCAGUUUUGGGUAAAAACAGAUUCCAAUGGAGAUUUCACUAUCAGAAACAUUAUUCCUGGAGUCUAUGGACUUCAUGGUUGGGUACCUGGGUUCAUUGGUGAUUAUCUUCACAAGUCACUAGUAACAGUAUCUGCAGGAUCUUAUACCCAUCUUGGCAUUCUGACCUAUAGUCCCCUCAGAGAUGGUCCUACUUUAUGGGAGAUUGGUUUUCCAGACCGUACAGCUAAUAGCUUCUAUGUUCCUGAUGUGAAUCCGAUGUAUGUCAACAAGUUAUUCCUUCACAGCCCAGAAAAGUUCAGGCAAUAUGGUUUAUGGGAGGGAUACAGUGAUUUACAUCCAAUAAAUGACCAAGUUUUCACUGUGGGUAUCAAUAAUCCGAAAAAAGACUGGUUCUUUGCUCAAGUUUGUAGAAGAGGGGAAGAUGGUGAAUAUGUUGCGACAACAUGGACUAUUAAGUUCAACAUGACAUCCUUAACCAAUGAAACUUACCGGCUGAGGUUGGCCAUUGCAUCUGCAACACGCUCGAACUUGAAGAUUAAUGUCAACUCAAAGGGGUCGGAGCAGUCUCUGGUCUUCCAGCUGAUGGAUUUGGGAAUGGAUAACACAGUUUGUCGACAUGGGAUUCAUGGACUGUACCGAAUUUACAGUAUCGACAUUCCAUCUUCAAUGCUUGUUAAGGGAGAUAACUCCAUAUUUCUCACACAGGCAAGGAAUGGAGAUGCACUCUGUGGAAUUUUAUACGAUUAUUUAAGAUUGGAAGCUCCCGAUACUCCAUGAAGUCACUUGAAGAUUUUAAUUCAAUGCCAUUUUAUCCGAAUCCAAAGGCACAAGCUAGAGCGAAAUCCUGAGCAUUUGUGAAUGAUAUUGGUUUCAAUGUGGGCCAAAUGUAUUGUUAAAGGUUCCCAAGUUCUUGAAAAGUGAUACUCAAAGCAUUCCACUAAUCAAAGCCGAAUUUCAUAACAAACAACGUAUUCUUUAUCCUUAGCUGAUCUGAAUACAACAAUCAAUCAUACACGGAUAUUGACUAAGAUAGUAAUGAAAUACGGCUAACCCAAACCCCAAAAUCUACAUAGAAUAACGAUACUCUAGAUUAGGCGAAAAUUUAGACUGCUUCUUGUGUCAACUGUAUAAUUGACUCCCUGGAGCUGGCCACAUUUUUGUAUAUAGGUGUAUUCCAGAAACAUUCUGGUUCGAUCAUCGGAAAGCAUUUACAAAAGCCAUAAGCGAGUCAACAUCUCUCUUCUCAGAUGGGUACUUGAUCGGCCGAGAGGAAUGUUUAGGGAAGAAGAGUAUUGUGGGGAAGCUACCUAGCUGCAAUUCCUGCUGUGCAAACUCUUUUUCAUCGCCAUCGGC